AUGGCCUUUCAGGAUCUCCUUUAUGAAGUUGGUGGUCUGGGGAGGUUCCAGAUAAUUCAGAUGGCUUUUCUUCUUACCUACAAUGCCAUGGCACAGACUCAUAUUAUAUUGGAAAAUUUCACUGCAGUCAUCCUUGGUCAUCGCUGCUGGGUCUAACUCCUUGACAAUGAUGCUAUCUCCAACAAGGAAACUGGGACCCUUAGCCAAGAAGCCCUCCUGAGGAUCUCCAUCCCACUAGAUUCAAACCUGAGGCCAGAGAAAUGUCAUUGCUUUAUCCACCCACAAUGGCAGCUUCUUCAUCUGAAUAGAACCUUCUCAAACAUGAGUGGUGACUGGGUAUAUGACCAGAGUUUGUUCCUCUCCACCACCGUGACUGAGUGGGACCUGGUAUGUGAAUCGCAGUCACUGAAUUCAGUGUCUAAGUUCUUCUUCAUGGCUGGAAUGUUGGUUGGAAACAUUGUAUAUGGCUAUUUGUCAGACAGGGUUGGGAGGAGGUUACUUCUGACAUGGUGUCUUCUUCAGCUGGCCGUUGCUGACACCUGUGCUACCUUUGCUCCUACAUUCCUGGUUUACUGCUCACUACGCUUCCUGGCUGGCAUGUCCACCACGACCAUUGUGACAAAUAGUAUUCUUCUCAUUGUAGAAUGGACAAGCCGCAAAUACCAAGCUAUGGGAACAACAAUGGCAGUGUGUGCUACUAGUUUCGGGAAUAUCCUACUGGGAAGCCUGGCUUUUGCUAUUCGAAACUGGCAUACUCUUCAGCUGGUUGUGUCCAUACCGAUGUUCUUUUUAUUUAUUUCCUCAAGGUGGAUGUCAGAGUCAGCUCGGUGGCUGAUUAUCAACAACAAACCCGAGGAGGGCUUACAGGAACUUAAAAAAGCUGCACGGGUGAAUGGAAUGAAGACUUCUGCAGAUGACCUAACCAUAGAGGCUGUGAAAUCCGCCAUGAAGGAGGAGCUGAAGGCAACACAGACAAAACCUACUCUGUGCGACUUGUUCCACACACCCAACCUGUGUAAACGGAUCUGUCUCCUGUCCUUGUUGAGAUUUGCAAUAAUGCUGCCUACUUUUGGCUUGAAUCUCCACCUCCAGCACCUGGGGAUCAAUGUUUUCCUGGUCCAUGUUCUCCUUGGUGUAGUCAAACUCCCAGCCAAUUGUGUUUCAGUUUGGGCACUGAAACAUAGGGGCCGUCGUAUAAGCAUAUUUUUUUUCAUGUCCAUGAUGGGAAUCACUUUGCUGGCCAUCGUAUUUGUGCCUUCAGAAAUGCAGACUGUGCGUAUGAUUCUGACAACUUUGGGAGGAGGAAUUUGUUUUGCCUCUGUUACCUGUUCUUUGACCCAGGCAAAUGAACUGCUCCCCACGGUCAUCAGGGCAACAGCUUUUGGAAUCACUGGAGUUUGCGGUAGUUUGGGGGCAGCUGUGGCUCCCCUGUUGAUGACCCUGGAGACAUAUGCUGAACCCUUGCCCUGGAUCAUCUAUGGAGCCUCCUGCAUCUUUAUUAGCCUUGUUGUCUUCCUCCUUCCAGAAACCAGGAAUCAUCAACUGCCUGACUCCCUCCAAGAUAUAGAAAAUGGUGGGAAAGGCUCAAGAAAAACAGAGCAGGAAGAUACCUCCAUCAAAGUGACACACUUCUAAGGAAUUUCACAAAUUGGAUACUAAUCAAAAAGCAAGAAAAAGGAAGAAAUAUAAAGGUUACUCCAAGAUACCAGCAAAAAUUAAAAUAAAUAGAAGCAAAAGAAAUAACAAUUCCCAUUUAUAAUGGUGAAGCUAAAUUAUUGUAUACAAGAUACUUUAUGAACCAUAAGAAGUUGAAAGAAACUGUAAUUCUUUGAAAUAUAUGAGAGAAUAUUUGUAUAGUGUAGACACCUAAAAUGUUUCUGAAUAGGGAGAUGGAAUUAGCUUUAAAAAAUUUUUCUUUCUGAAUUUAUAGAAAGAGUAUUCUAUGGAAUAAUUACAAUGAAGAACCUGACACCCUUGAAAAAACUUGAAACUUAGUAGUUCCAAAUACAUAUAAAAAUUAAUACCGGUAUGUGAGUCAGCUUUCUGUCUCAAUAACAAAAUACUUGAGUUAAAUCAAGGGAAUAACUAAAAUCAAGGAAGAUUUUUACUGGCAAAUGGUUUCAGAAUUUUAUUUCCAUGUUUGCUUUGCUCUGUUGCCUUGGGUCUAUGGAAAUGGAAAGUAUUAUAUUGGGGAGUCCAUGGUGGAACAACCUGCUUACCUCAUUGAAGACAAGAAGAAGAGAGGAAGUUAUGAGGAUCCCAAUACUUCCUUCAAGGUCAUGCUCCCACUGAUUUAAAUCACUUCAACCAGGUACAAAUUUCUGAACUAUUUAUCACCUUCCAAUCAUAUACUACCAGCUGGUAAUAAAGCAUUUAACAGAUAACUUAUUGGAGCACACUUCAGAUCUAAGCUUUAACAUUCUGCCCCCAUGCCCAAAAUUCCAUGUGUAUCCCAUAUUGCAAAAUGCACUGAGUUAAUUUCCAAAGACUCCCUUCGUCUUAACCAUUCUAGCAUCUCCAAGACCAAAGUCUCCCCUAAAAAUCAGGGCACACUCUUAGCUGUGACUCCCUGUUUAAAAAGCUAUAUUCUUCCAACAGAUAAUGUGGGACAGAGGCAGGAGACAUAUUCCCAUUCCAAAGGGGGUAAAUAGGUACA